AUGGUGACAUGGUAUUUGAAGGUCUGCUAUAUGGAACAUCAGCAAAGAUUGAUCUUUGCUGGGAAACAGCUAGAAGAUGGCUGCACCCUUUCUAACUACAAAUCCAGAAAGAAUCUUUAUUUAGUCCUUCUUCUCAGUGGUGGGACACAUAUCUUUGUGAAGACCUUGACUGAUAAAAACAUCAAACUUGAAGAGAUGCCUAAUCACAUCAUUGAGAAGAUCAAGUCAAAGCAGGUGGAAGAUAGGAAUAUCCUGUGUGACUACAAUAUCCAGAAAGAAUUCAUCCUGCAUUUGGUCCUACACUUGAUGGGAGGUUUCUAA